CUUCGAACUACGACGUACGAUCAAUCGCAACGCUAUACCGACAGGUACAAAAGACCAUGAUAAUAUGAUGACCGCUCAGGCAAUAAGCGCAGAUGAAAUUGCGCUGUAUGACCGCCAAAUCAGACUUUGGGGCGUUCAAGCGCAAGAAAAGAUUCGCAAUGCGAAUGUGUUACUCGUAAACAUCAGAGCUCUUGGGAACGAAGUCGCCAAGAAUCUUGUCCUCGCAGGCAUUGCGUCCCUCACCAUCAUAGACGGCGCUAUCGUCACCGAAGAAGAUCUAGGCUCACAUUUCUCGAUAUCUACGGCGGACGUUGGCAAAAAUCGCGCCCUAGCUGCGCAACCCCAACUGCAGAAACUGAAUCCAAGGGUAGCGAUAUAUACAGACAUUGAGGACGUAACACUCAAAGGGCCUGAAUACUUCGCCCCCUUCGAUGUAACGAUUGCGACGGACUUGAACUUCAAUACGUUCUCCCAACUCAGCGCCGCAGCUCGACUUUCGAAUCGCCCGUUCUACGCAGCCGGAGUUCAUGGGCUCUACGGCUUCAUCUUCGCCGACCUUAUACAGCAUGACUUUGUCAUAGAGCGAGAAAAAUCGAAUAUUGAGACGAAGAUACAAGCUGAAAGCUCUACAAGAUCUAUAAUCGCUGUGAAUGUUAAGCGAGAGAAUGGAAAGCGCUUACCCGUCGAAUUGGUUUCGAAAAGAGAAAUAUAUUCGCCGCUCAUUCUUGCAACAAGUUCACCUUUACCACCAGAGGUACUAAAUAACCGCCGACGGAUGAAACAAGUUUCCCCUUUGCUGACUUGUGUCCGCGCUCUCUGGGAGUUUGAGAAGCUAUUUCAACGUCUACCGACACAUUCAAAAGAAGACCUCCAAGCUUUCACCAGGCAAGCUACAGAGACACAUAAAGAAUUGCAAUUACCCGUAGAGACCCUUAAGUCCGAGUUCCUGCGGAGUUUUUUGCAAAACCUCGGUUCCGAACUCUCUCCUGUUGCCGCGUUUUUGGGCGGCCAGCUCGCGCAAGACGUUAUAAAUGUUCUAGGCCAACGAGAGCAACCAAUUCAAAACCUCAUGCUCUUCAACGGGGAUGACUGUAAGGCGCCAGUUUAUGCCUUGCACCCCAUAUUUGCACCGAUCCCGGAUACCACGAUUCCAAUCAUGAACUCCGUCAACCCGGCUAUAUCCAUGGGUAUGAGUACGAACUUCCAUGACGCAUCUACCAUAGCGUCCAGUAGCAAUUCCCGUAGUAUGAAUGAUAACCAUGCUACCAUGGACUUGAGCAGUGCUCCCCCAAUGGGCACCACUGAUCUUACUACAUCCCCCGAUCAGAGCAACCGAGGCCAGGCUUCGGAUCAUAAUGGCACUACUGCCCCGAGCAAAUAACCGACCACACAAGCUCCGGAGGCAUGAGGGAUAUAUUUUUCACGCAGGAUCCUUCUUAUGUGCUGGAAAAGCGUUUGAUUCGAUUUGCAUUCAUGGCGUUAGGAGUGCCUCAUCAUGCUUCAUCAUAGAAAGGCUAAUGUAGCCAGCAAGCGUAUAAGGAGCUUUUGGAAGGCUACAACAGUGUUGGAAGUGUACAACAGAGAUCAUGCGCGCAUCCAAGGUUUUUGAUCUGUGACUACCCUCGGUCAAGUAUGUAAUAUUAGGCAAUAAUGCGCAGUAUGCCGUAGCGAAUACCCAAUGUGACACUAUAACAUCCAUG